GGCACCUGUGGCUCGCGGGGCCUCCGAGGCGGAGCCGGAAGCGGCGCGGUGGGACCCCCGUGCGGUGUUCCCCGUAGCCGGCGGUCUUCCCCCGGGUCCGGAACCCAUCUCCUCCCUCGGUCCUCAGCCGGGACCCGGAAGAGGCGCCCUCCGCGGCCAUGGAGUCCCCCGCGCUGUCCCUCACAGAGGAGGACCUGACGGAAGUGAAGAAGGACGCUUUAGAAAAUCUGCGUGUGUACCUGUGUGAGAAAAUCAUAGCUGAGAGACAUUUUGAUCAUCUCCGUGCCAAAAAAAUUCUCAGUAGAGAAGACACUGAAGAAAUUUCUUGCCGAACUUCAAGUAGAAAAAGGGCUGGAAAAUUGUUAGACUACUUACAAGAAAACCCCAAAGGACUAGACACCCUCAUUGAGUCUAUCCGGCGAGAAAAGACCCAGAACUUCCUGAUCCAGAAGAUCACAGAUGAAGUGCUAAAGCUCAGAAACCUGAAGCUGGAGCAUCUCAGGGGACUGAAGUGCAGCGGCUGUGAGCCUUUUCCCGGUGGAGCCACAAACAACCUGUCAAGGUCGGAUUCUGGUAAGAGUAGCUUCUCAGAAAAGCGAAGAGCGUCCACAGUCACGUACCAUCCAGAAGGAGAGUCCAGCACAGCUCCCUUCUUUUCUACUGAUUCCUACCUGAACUUGCCUGUGCUGGAAGUAGGCAGAACUGAAAACACCAGCUUCUCUUCUUCCCUCCCUAGACCUGGGGACCCUGGGGGCCCUCCUUUGCCUCCAGAGCUGCAGCUAGAAGGUGGAACUUGUGGGAACUCAAGUGAGAUGUUUCUUCCCCUGAGAUCGCGUGCUCUUUCACGGCAGUGACACUUUACUGCCUUUUCUUAAUUAAGAUUUUAAAAAUGUUUUAAAGGAUACAAUCUUUAUAAAACCAGUAUAAUGAUUUUCUUACAUUUGAUACAGGUCUUUUAAAAUACAUUGUAAACAUACUUUGUAAAUACAAUUUUUCACAAUAAAUGAAGCACACUUUUAGGGAGAGCUAGAUGUAUAUCAUGGUGGUCAUAUGCUUUUCAGUUUUUCUUUUUUUCAUUUUAGGCAUUUUAGUGAUUUCAGUUUUUUUAUGUUGUAUGACUUAUUUUAAUAGAAAACAUUUCUCAAUUUGGAAAUCACCUCUUAGGCUGAGAAUGUCUCAGUGCAUUUGUACUGGCAAUUUUCAGUCUAGUAGUCUCCAGUUACUCAGUUAAUCUUCAGCAGUAAGCUGUUCCUAUAAAGCCAGUUGCCAUUCUGAGAAGACUCUGCCACUCACUCGGUCCUACAGGGUCACGUGCUGAGGAGCUAGCAGAUGGAGUUUGAGCCCCUGUGACUGCAGUCUGUCAGAAUCCACUCUCUGCUAAUCACAUUAAUUGAUGCACCUUUGGAUUUUCAGUCUAUUAUUUUUAUUAAAAAUACCUUGAUAUGAACCUGAGCUCCAGUACAAGUAACGUGAUGUGAUUUGAAAAGUUCUUUAACUUAACUUUUCUUAUAACGAAUACUACUGCAUUGUUGAAAUAACUAGAACAAUUGAUUUUGGAAUAUGUGUAUGACAAUCCUGUUUCUAAUUUGAACAAACAGACCAUUAAACACAUCUGUCUUUUUGUUGUGUAACAAAGUAUGACUAACAAUGAACUUAUAAAUUUUAUGAUCUGAUUAUUAUCAUUUAAGUUAUAGUUCUGUUUCCUGACAUUCAUCUCCUACAUAUUUCUAUUAUUUAAAAAUACCAAAAAUUGAAAAUGUUGUCAUUAACAAUAAAAGUGUUUUUUUUAAUUA